AUGCAUUUAUUACCAGCUUAUAGACAUCUGUCUGAGACACAAGAAGAGAUGAUAUGGGAGCUUGGUACAUUGAAUCUUGGGCCAGUGAAAGCCUUUAAUAUAAUGAGAAAAAGAUACGGAGGGUUUGAAAAUGUAGGCGCAACUAAAGACGAUUGCAAGAAUUUUAGAGCUAGGAUACAUAGCUAUAUCGGACAGUAUGAUGCAGAUAUGGUUAUCAAUAGGUAUAAAAUGGUUUUUGUACCUUUUACUGGUAUUGAUAAUCACUGUCGGAAUGUGACGCUUGGAGCCGGGUUGUUAGCAUCCGAAAGCAUUGAAUCAUACAAGUGGCUUUUACAGUCAUUUUUGAACUCAUUUGAUUCGAUUACGCCAGAAAUGUCUGAGAGAGACUGGAAGCUGAUAAUGAUUGAUUUCGGUCUAACUGAGAAUAAGUGGAUUGAUGAUAUGUUUGGCAUGAGAUCUUCGUGGAUCCCAGCGUUCUAUCGUCAUGAGCCUAUGUCUGGGCUUAUGCGGACCACUUCUAGAUCAGAGAGCGAAAACCAUUUUUUCUGUCAAGUGGCGAAUUCUCAACUUACCCUUGUUGAGUUCUUUAACCAUUUUGAUGGUGCAAUGGACAUUCAAAGAUUCAACCAUCGGAAGAAUGACCAUAUAUCUAGAAAUACAAUCCCAGAUAAAUUUUCUGAAUCUACUCUAGAGGAUGAUGCUAUGAAAAUUUACACCAGGUCAAUUUUUGCUGAUCAACCGGAAGAGUUACAAGGAACACUGUCCGAGUGCCUUCCUAUGGAGACUAAAAUUGAGGAACCUUUUUUGAAGAUAAGUAUGAAGGAUUGGAAAGAUCACGGCGACGGUUUAUUAGAGGUAUGUUUCAAGAAGGGGGAGGAUGUAAUUGCAUUAUGCACUUGUCGCAGGUUUGAACAAUAUGGAUUGUUGUGCAAACAUAUAUAUUUCGUGUUCAAGAUGUUCAAAGUGAAGGAAAUUCCCAACAAGUAUGUAAUGAGAAGAUGGACUAAAGAUGUGGUACCGAAUGAUCUUAAUAAUACAUUUGAUAUUACUGUUGACGAUGAUGAUGCGCAUAAAAAGGCCAAAGAGGUUGCGUAUGAGAUUAUGCAGAUUGGAGAGUAUAUUAUUGGUAACCUGAUCAAAGAUUUCGAUCAUCUACUUAUAGUCAGGGAUCGGAUGAGAGAGAUGAAAGAAAUGGUCGAUGAACUUCGCAUAACCAAGCCCAUCGACCCUAAGUUCGAUAGAUAUUCAAGGUUAAUUGGUUACGAGAAACCAAACACUGACGAUCCACCUACAGUCCGUGUGCCAACUGGUAUUAGAAACAAAGGACGCGGUUCACAUAAGCGUAUUAAAUCAAAAAAAGAGAAAAUUAUUAGUCUUAAAGGCAAGAGAGGUCGGACAUGCAGUCAUUGCAAUAUCAAAGGUCAUGACAUUCGAACCUGCAAGCUGUUAAAGGGUGAAGCUACUGCUGCUGAUAAGGAUGCUAAUAAGGAGGGGAGGAAAAGAAGAGCAAUUCAGUUAGAGAAGGAUCCUAAUUUAGUUGAUGAAGAGGACGAGGAGGUUGAAAUUGGUGACGAAGAGGAGUAUGAGGAGUCCGACGAAGCAGAAGAUAGUGAUUUUGAAUGCGAAGACGAGUAA